GGCUUCACAGGCAGUGACAUUGCUGCUUGUAAGAUAGCACCUAAAUCAACCAUUUAUUUACGAUUUUCUUAGAUAUAAAGGAAAAAUCAAAGCUAGGAGGAGCUAAGCUCCUUGAUGCCCAUAAUGUCGAGACUCUUGUGUUUUUCCAAAUCUAGUGUAUGUUCUCUGACUGUGAACUGCUUGUCACAUGCUCCGAUAGCCCAAAAGUGUCAAACUGAACAGUAAGAGCAUAGAUUUUUUAUUUAUGUGAAAAGACUAGUUUUGACAGAAUAGCAGAAUUCAGUGGAGAAGGCUGACAACAAAUGUUAAGCCAUUAACAAACUUGCAGAGUAUUAUAGAGAAUUAGACAUUAGUAAAGUCCAAAGUGUAUAGAACCAUGCAGUUACUCAAACUAGAUGUAUCACUAGAUAUAAUCUGCUUGCUCUAGUAUAUAUAACUGUGAGCCCCCACACUGAAGUAACAAGUUUAAUAAUUCAUAUUAAAAUGAGUAGUUCCUUAACAUACAUGAUAAACAGUUUUAUAGCAUGAGAUCUGUAAUGUGAUCUUUACAAAGUAUUGAUCAUAUGAUUUAAUGACCAACACAAAGUCCUGAUCACAUGUUUUUCCCCUAUAUAGAGAUCUCUUCAUAUGGGUUUUUCCUCCACAUUAGUGUUACUCAAAUUGGUCACAACUGGUUAAAUAUGACCUUCUGGAGUCUUAUGUAAGUGCUUCUAUCCCUCAUGGUGUGGUUAGCUCUGUCACCAGAGGAUGACCUCUGGCUGUGGUCUCCACUGAUCCUACUGAUUUUAAUAAACCCACUAAGGGGGGAUUACUGGUUUGCUUUUGGAAUGUGAAUAUUGUACAUUUCACUGGAGGUUUGUUUGUCAGGUGCUUACUUAUUAAUCCCCAAGGUGCACCAUCCGCAUUCCUUGGGGUGGAAAAUCUGUGUGGAAUAGCACGUGGAAAGACUUAUGGUCACACACGUGUAGAAUGUUGCGUUGCAUAAACUCAGGAGGAGGGGACUGGCAUGACGUUCUCACUUUCAGUUUCUGCCGUAAGUUGAUACAUAACCUUUUUCAGACAUCUGGAGCAAAAGUAUUUUAUAGACGAGAGCCGCAGUCUCACGCCAUGGAGGAGAUAUUUCCUUUUGAUCUCGUGAAGUCGGACAUUGUGUUUUCAUUCCUGGGUUUUGUCGUCUUCCUCUUGGAUAUAGCACUGGAUGUUUGGGCUGUGGUGUCACUCUAUCAGGAGGGUUCUUACAUUUCCAUGAGCCUGUUAAUAUUUCUGCUGCUGGGCUCCUCGGCCCUCCUCCAGGUAUUCAGCUGGAUCUGGUAUUCAGACCCCUCGGUCACCCUGGAAACCAGCAUAGAGAAGUCCGUGAGGAGACAUGGUUUACUGGGGCUGCUUCACGUCUUUCAGCUGGGUGUGUUACUCAGGUGUGCAGGUGUGAUGGAGAUCUCCAUCUGCAAACUUAAACAGAUAGACAGUUUCAGAAGGGGCGUAGCUGGGUUCCUGAUUUAUGACCUCAACAUGCUGCGACUGAUGGAGACAUUUUCUGAAAGUGUUCCCCAGCUGGUCCUCAUGAUCCACACUCUUAUACAGGAGCAAGACCUGCGGCUUGUCUCAGUGGCCAAGAUUGUUGGUUGCUUUCUUGCCAUUGCUUGGAACAUGACCUUCUACCAUCGCAGCAUGCGUAAAUUUAUCCCAGAGGCAUCCAAGAUGGGUUGGCUUUCCUCAGUGGUCUACUUCCUGUGGAACCUGCUGCUCAUUGUCCCGCGGGUGGUGUCUCUGGCCCUGUUUGCCUCCGCCCUGCCCUGCUACGUCGCCGUCCACUUCCUGUGUCUGUGGAUUUUGUUGACUCUUUGGGCCUGGUGGCAGAACACAGACUUCAUGGACUCCAAGGGAGGCGAAUGGCUCUACCGGGCCACCGUAGGACUCAUCUGGUACUUCAGCUGGUUUAACGUGGCGCAGGGCGGGACCAAACUGAGGAGUGGCGUGUACCACCUGUUCAUGGGGCUGGACAUGACUCUGCUGCUGGUUCUGUGGUGGUGUAUGCAGUGUGUGGAGUCAGCACGGCAGAAUCCCCCCCCGCUCAGCCCGUAUGUGUUGCUGGGAGCAGUCCCUGCCCUCUACAUUGUGGGGAUCUUACUGAAACUGGUUUAUUACAGUAAGUGCCAUCCAAAGCAGGCUUCCGUGGAAAUCAGGAAAGCCGAGAGCCCACGGGCUAUGUCUGAGAGCUUGGUAAUGGCAUGCGCCACUGUGGAGACAGACUCAACUAGCACUCCCGAACGUGAACCUCAACGUGAAGCUUCCCUCCAACCACAGCAACAUGGUGUCAUCCACAAGAGAAUGAGAGACAUGGCCAUCCAUUUCUACCACUAGGCUGGAUUUAGUAACAGACACUUUUUUUUAAUCAGCCAUUCCUAAUCUUCCCAAACUACAAAUACAUAUCCAGCAAUACAAGUUUCUUCAAAGUAAAAACCAAGAACCAAACAGGAGUUGGUGGUGAAAUAUCUCAAGCGGAUGCUGGCAACAGAGAUGUCCCUUUGUAGUAUAUAAUUUAUGCAGAAGUUGUGUUGUAAAUACUAUUUUGUGUGUAAUAUUUACUAAAUUCAGGAUUCUGGUGUGAAUCCAAGUUCAGAAGUUUACUUUGUUUAAUGGAAUAGAACUGCAUAUACAAAAGAACAGCGGUUCAAAAUAUCUGGUUACAUCCUACCGAUGUCCACUGCCAAAUACUGUAACAGUCUUUAUUCUACAGCACUCAGGAAUUAAUGAAAAACAAUGUGUUUGUUUUGAUAUGGUUGUAUUAGAUUGUGUGUGUGUGUGUGUGUGUG